AUGUUUCGUAACGCCCUCAGACAGUCCACGCGCGCUGUGAGCGCAAUCUCUGCCUCGGGCAGAAUUGCUGCGACACGAAAUGCCGCACCUGCCGCCCUUAACAUCCAGGCUCGAUCCUACGCCGCCGAUGCGAAAGCCACACCCACCGAAGUCUCUUCCAUUCUUGAGCAGAGAAUUCGUGGUGUAGCGGAAGAGAAUAACCUAGCUGAGACUGGCCGUGUCCUUUCUGUCGGUGAUGGUAUCGCGCGUGUGCACGGUAUGGCCAAUGUCCAGGCCGAAGAGCUUGUCGAGUUCGCUUCCGGUGUGAAGGGAAUGUGCAUGAACUUGGAAGCUGGACAAGUGGGUGUUGUGCUUUUCGGUUCUGAUCGUCUUGUCAAGGAGGGUGAGACCGUUAAGCGUACUGGACAAAUCGUCGACGUCCCCGUCGGCCUUGAGCUACUUGGACGUGUCAUCGAUGCUCUCGGCAACCCCAUUGACGGCAAGGGCCCUCUGAACACCACGAAGAGAAUUCGUGCUCAGCUGAAGGCUCCUGGUAUCUUGCCCCGACACUCCGUCAACCAGCCCGUACAGACCGGUCUCAAGUCUGUCGACGCUAUGGUUCCCAUUGGUCGUGGCCAGCGUGAGUUGAUCAUUGGUGACCGACAAACCGGAAAGACUGCCGUCGCCCUGGAUACCAUUCUUAACCAGAAGCGAUGGAACAACACCAACGACGAGACCAAGAAGCUCUACUGUGUCUACGUUGCCGUUGGUCAGAAGCGAUCUACCGUUGCUCAGCUCGUCAAGACCCUUGAGGAGAACGACGCCAUGAAGUACUCUAUUGUCGUCGCUGCUACUGCCUCUGAGGCUGCGCCUCUACAAUAUAUUGCCCCUUUCACUGGUGCUGCUGUGGGAGAAUUCUUCCGUGACUCUGGAAAGCAUUCGUUACUUGUUCUGGACGACUUAAGUAAACAAGCCGUGGCGUAUCGUCAGAUGUCGCUACUGCUUCGUCGACCUCCUGGACGUGAAGCUUACCCGGGUGAUGUUUUCUACCUUCACUCGCGACUUUUGGAGCGUGCUGCCAAGUUGAGCGACAAGCAUGGAGGUGGUUCGAUGACUGCGUUGCCAAUUAUUGAGACGCAGGGUGGUGAUGUGUCUGCGUAUAUUCCUACCAACGUCAUUUCGAUUACCGAUGGCCAGAUCUUCUUGGAGUCCGAACUUUUCUACAAGGGUAUUCGACCUGCCAUCAAUGUCGGUCUUUCCGUGUCUCGUGUCGGUUCGGCUGCGCAGCUCAAGGCCAUGAAGCAAGUCGCUGGUUCGCUCAAGCUCUUCUUGGCCCAGUACCGUGAAGUUGCGGCCUUUGCUCAGUUCGGUUCCGAUUUGGAUGCCGCCACUAAACAGACCCUCAACCGUGGUGAACGUUUGACGGAGCUUCUCAAACAGAAGCAAUACUCGCCCAUGGCUGUCAACGAGAUGGUUCCCCUCAUCUUUGCUGGUGUCAACGGUUACCUCGACCAGGUCCCCGUCAACAAGGUCCUGCAGUGGGAGUCUGACUUCCUAGCGCACUUGAAGACGAACGAGUCGGAUCUCCUAGCUGCCAUUGACAAGGAGGGUGCGCUCAGCAAGGAGCUUGAGCAAAAAUUGCGUGAGAUUGUCCCCAGUUUCACCAAGAGCUUCAUCGCCUAA